AUGGCCGACGAGGUUGAUGUCAAGCCGCGCAAAUCGGUAGCUUUCAGCGACGGAACUACAAUCGUAGACGAAAACGGAGAAGUCACAAUGAAGGAAGACGGGCACGACGAUACCAAAGAGACGGCGCAGUCCCACUCACCUAGUACGCCGCCACUCUCCAAGGCUUUGGGCGCAUUUACUGAUCCUUUCCAAGGCAAUGGCGAUGAAGCGACCGCAAAUAACGAAGAUGAUGGAUUGGGCGAUUUGUCGUUGAUGAAGAAGAAGAAGAAGAAGAGCAAGAAGGUGGAUGAGGGUGAGGAGGGAGGUGAUGAAGCUGCUGCAGAUGGUGGUCUUGAUCUUUCGACUAUGAAGAAGAAGAAGAAGAGCAGCAAGAAGCCUAAGGAUAGCGAAGAUGAUUUCACAGCUCGACUUGCAGCCGCGAAUCUCAACGACGAUGGAGAGAAGGCUGCCGAGGAGACCCCGGUCGAUGAGGGUGAUAUGAUGAAGGGAACUGGUAUCUGGGCACACGAUGAGACGAAAUUAAUUCCUUACGAACAACUUCUCUCUCGAUUCUUCACCUUGCUCGCCCAAAAGAACCCCGAUCACGCAUCUUCCGGUUCAAAGAGUUAUAAGAUUCCUCCUCCACAAUGUCUGCGUGAAGGAAACAAGAAGACUAUCUUUGCCAACAUCGCCGAGAUUUGCAAGCGUAUGAAGAGAACUGAUGAACAUGUUACUCAAUAUCUGUUCGCUGAAUUGGGUACCAACGGUUCCGUCGAUGGUAGCAGACGUUUGGUUAUCAAGGGUCGCUUUCAACAAAAGCAAAUUGAAAAUGUUUUGAGGAAAUAUAUCAUGGAGUAUGUAACAUGCAAGACUUGUCGCUCCCCAGAUACAGAAUUGAACAAGGGAGAAAACAGAUUGUUCUUCAUCACUUGCAAUUCUUGCGGUUCUAGGCGUUCGGUUACUGCUAUCAAGACUGGAUUUUCUGCACAAGUUGGCAAGAGAAGAAGGCAGCAAGGUUAA